GCCCGGCCGGCCUCGAUGCAUUCUGGGAAAGCAGCAGCACCAGGUCCAAGAUGGCGGCUAGCAGGAGGCUGAUGAAGGAGCUUGAAGAGAUCCGCAAAUGUGGAAUGAAAAACUUCCGUAACAUCCAGGUUGAUGAAGCUAAUUUAUUGACUUGGCAAGGGCUUAUUGUUCCUGACAACCCUCCAUAUGACAAGGGAGCCUUCAGAAUCGAAAUCAACUUUCCAGCAGAGUACCCAUUCAAACCACCGAAGAUCACAUUUAAAACAAAGAUCUAUCACCCAAACAUUGAUGAAAAGGGGCAGGUCUGUCUGCCCGUAAUUAGUGCUGAAAACUGGAAGCCAGCAACCAAAACCGACCAAGUAAUCCAGUCCCUCAUAGCACUGGUGAACGACCCCCAGCCCGAGCACCCGCUUCGGGCUGACCUAGCUGAAGAAUACUCUAAGGACCGUAAAAAAUUCUGUAAGAAUGCUGAAGAGUUUACAAAGAAAUAUGGGGAGAAGCGACCUGUGGACUAAAGUCUGCCACGGAUGAUUCCAGCCGAUGUGAGCAGAGACCCCGAGCAGUGCCCUCAGACACCCCGCAAAGCAGGACUCUGUGGAAAAUUGACACGUGCCACCGCCUGGCGUCCGCUCGUGGCAGUUACUAACUUUCUACAGUUUUCUUAAUCAAAAGCGGUCUAGGUAACCUGUAAAGAAAGGAUUAAAAAUUUCAGAUGUUCUAGUUCUGCUCUCUUUGUUUCAAAAAUCACUGCUUCAAUCUAUCUCCAAAAAUGGUGUUUCUUUUCUUGUCCAAAUUUAUCCAAAAUCUUCAAGUUACAUUUAGUCGAUAAAGUUAAAAGAAAAAAAAAAAAAAAAGAGAAAGAGAAAGAAAAAAACAAAGGUUGUGGUUCCCCUGUCCCCUGGCCCUGCACUCCCACCUUCUCACAGCACUUGUUCACGCGCCCCUCGACCCAGCCCUGUCUCCUCCAGAGAGGAGAGGAGACAGCACCCGGCCUGGGAGUUAGUCCAAACUCUCCCGAAUCCACUCUGUAACAUCCUUUAAAAAACCACGAAAGCAAGCCACCAGCCACCACCUCUCCCACCCCUCACCCCUCAAAAAAAAAUUGCGUGGAAAGGGAGGCCCCGCUCUUGAGUGAAACUCUGGCGAAUGUUCCCACGGUGAUGCUGAUGAAAUGGGCACACACCCCCUGCCUGUGUGCGUGACUGGACUGCGGCCUGGCCGGCCUGGCCUGCCCAGGAAGCCUGGUGACCCUGGAGGGAGGGCCUUCCAGCCCCAGGACAUUGCCACAGCCGCUUGGGCCAGGAAUUGCUCACCAGAAAGGCCCCCCUGCAGCCCCCCCGCCCCAAGGCCAAGGACGGCGCCCCUCCCUGCAGCCACCUCGGAAGAUCUGCUGGUCACUGUGGGCCACGUGAAGCCAGUGCAGCCGCCGGAAUUCCAAGGUCACCUGCCACCAGGCUGCAGCCGAGUGUGCCACGGAGCUCUGUCUGCCUCCACAGUGCAGCAGCCCACCGCAACCCUCCCGCGGCCCAGCGCGACCCUCUGUGGGAUCGGAGCCCUUCCGGCACAGGCGCCGCCUGUCCAGCCCAGGAACGAGAUGGCCUUCCUUCUCCCCUCUGGACUCACAGCCUUUGCCGAGUCAAGCUCCACUCGAAGCUCACUCAGUAAUAUCCUUUCAAUGUGUUUUAUAUUGUUUUGAUUGCCUUUUUUUGUAGAAAUAAAAAAUUGACCUUAGAAUUUAUCAUCA